GCGAUGUCGCCGGAUUCAAACUACUCUUUUCCAUGGCGAUUAUGUAUGGAGUUUUGUCAAUGGUAGCCUAUUACGUCACGCAUUUGAAGUUUAUUACCCCUUUAUCCAUCGAUGCUCCUCUCGAUCGAUUCUCUGAAGCCAGAGCCAUUGAACACAUCCGUGUUUUGGCUCAUGAAAUUGACGGUCGUCAGGAAGGGCGUCAAGGUUUACACGAUGCUGCUAAAUAUAUUAGGACACAAUUGGAAAUGUUGAAGGAUCGCGCUGGAUCUAAUGUAAGGAUUGAAAUCGAGGAAAAUAUAGUUAAUGGCUCUUUCAAUAUGAUGUUUCUAGGCCACAGCUUGUCUCUUGGAUAUAGGAAUCACACGAAUAUAGUAAUGAGGGUUUCUUCAUUAGAAUCAAAAGAUGGAGACCCUGCCAUUUUAUUGAAUGGACAUUUUGAUAGUCCGCCUGGUUCGCCAGGUGCCAGUGAUUGUGGUUCAUGUGUUGCAUCUAUAUUGGAGGUAGCACGGCUAACAAUUGAUUCUGGCUGGGCUCCUCCUAAACCACUUAUAUUUCUGUUCAAUGGUGCGGAAGAACUUUUUAUGCUUGGUUCACAUGGCUUUAUAACAACACAUAAAUGGCGCAAUACAAUUGGAGCUUUUAUAAAUUUGGAAGCAUCUGGGACAGGAGGGCUUGAUCUUGUCUGCCAAUCUGGACCUGGGUCUUGGCCUUCUCAAGUGUAUGCUCAAUCAGCUGUACAUCCUAUGGGCAAUAGUGCGGCUCAGGACAUUUUUGCUUUUGUUCCUGGCGAUACGGACUAUAGAAUGUUUGCCACCGACUUUGGUAGCAUUCCUGGACUGGACAUUAUCUUUCUCCAUGGCGGUUAUUUUUACCAUACCUCAACUGAUACGGUAGAAAGAUUAUUACCUGGAAGCAUUCAAGCUCGUGGGGACAACUUAUUCAGUCUACUUAAAGCUUUCACCAAUUCAUCUAAGCUGGAAAAUGCCCAUGAUAGAGGACUUAAUAGAGGUUCUGGUGUCGGAAGUCAUGAUGAGCAGCCUAUGUUUUUCGAUUACUUAUCAUGGUUCUUUGUUUACUAUUCUAGAAGGCAAGGAUUGGUAUUUCAUAGCAUCCCUGUCGCCAUCUUCCUACUUACUCCAUUUUUUCUGCGCUUUUCCAAGUUUGGCCUGCUAUGCUCAUUUGCUGCCUUAUUCGACUUCAUCAAAGGAAUUUUCUUUCAUGUUAUUGGGGUUAUAUUUGCAGUUAUACUCCCAAUUAUCUUUUCUAUCUCUAGGUUGCUUUUCUCUGGACAGUCGAUGAACUGGUUCGCUCGUCCUUACUUGGCUUAUAUGAUGUUUGUUCCAUGCUCACUUGCUGGGAUGUUAAUUCCAACAAUAUAUUGGAAUUUUUUCCCUCUCUCUCAAGCUGGUUAUCUUCUAAAAUCUUCAAAAGAGGAACUUGCUGAUCAAGCGCGGUUCUGGGGAGCAUUUGGCUUAUAUGCUUUCAUUAGUAUGGCUUAUUUUUUUGCUGGAUUAAGUGGAGGUUUCUUGACUUUGUCGUUGGCUGCUUUUAUGCUUCCUGCAUGGAUUUUCUUCCAUUUAUCUGUCAAGCAUUAUGGUCGUGAAUCACUAAUGUCAGCCGCCUGUUUUUUGCUACCUUCGUUACCUUGCCUCUUGCAUUCUGUCUAUUUUUCUGGGUUUCUAGCUCAGUUUUUAAUUGAGAAAAUGGGUAUGAUGGGAUCUCUUCCACUUCCUCAUGGGUACUUCAUUCCUGAUGUUAUAGUGGCAGCAACAAUCGGAGCAGUGACUGGUGUGUGUGUGGGACCUAUUUUACCAGUUACUGGUCAUUGGUUAGCCAGAUCAUCUAUUAUGCAGUUCUUGCUGCAUACCAGUGUGAUUGCCUUGGCCCUGACAUCGCAAUUUUUUCCAUACAGCACAGAUGCGCCAAAAAGGGUCGUUUUACAGCAUACCGUCGUUACUUCAGAUGCCUGGCAAAUAGAUGAUACCAGUUAUGCUUUGUCUGUACUGGACUCCAAUGCAUUACCUUUCCUUUUCAAGCAUGCUCCUGAAGUAGCUAAGGAGCUGAAUGUAGAUUCAGAUUUUUCAUUUGACACUGCUAAUCAGUCUAGCCGAGAGGCAUGGAUGGCAAUAUAUCCCCUGUCGUCCUUGUUUUCUAGAAGCUUAAAUUUCCCUGCAAGAAGAGAUGAAAUCUCGAAGCAUUACAAGUAUUUUCCUAUUAUAUCCAGUACUAAGCAAGAGACUACCUCAGUCGAUGGUUCCCGCAGAAUUUACUUGGAAUUUUCAUUGGGUUCAUUGAAGGAGGUAUGGGUUGCAGUCCUAAACAUUACAGGCCCAAUUUCUGGUUGGUCGUUUGCAGACGGAACCCUUCCAGCUCCUGAAAUUGUGAAAGGUGGUCCUCCAUCAUACAUAUGUAGACUUAGUGGUGUUGCUCAGGAAAACUGGACCUUUUGGUUGGAGACAAAUAGUUCGGGAGCUAUACAUAUUGAUGUUGGUGUUGUAGAACAAUACUUGAUGGAAUCAAUGAAGAAAUUGAAGGAUAGUUUUCCAACAUGGGUGGAUGUGAUAGCGUUUUCAAGUUUUCUGUCAACAUAUAACUUCUAGAUACAUACAUAAAGCUUAGCUUUUUAUUUUUUCAGACUGUAUUGCUUAUGUAACUGUGUUCCAAGAUUAGUGUUGAGCAAUAUUAUAGGUUUUGGCUUUCUUUGUAAACUUUAUUUAUUAUUUGGUAUGUUAACCAUAACUUUAUUUAUUAAUGCUGGUCAUACUAC